AUGUCGACCAGUACUAGUCCGAUACCUCGCGACCCAACCGAUGACGAAGCUCUAGCCCUGUUCAAGGCCAUAGAGGAGAAGUUCCCAUCGCAGUCACUUGGAGAUGACAAGUGGUAUGUUCUUCUGCUCGCGGCGAUGGUAGGCGGCGGGCAACCGGGCUUCGCACCUCUGCUCUACAAGGAACUCAUCAAGCGACCCGAAUACCAAACACCCGAACAGCGUCAGGCGUUGAUGCGGAGGAUACGAGAAACACUGUUCAAGCUCAUCGUCAUCGUAGGCGUGUGCAAGCCGCUGGAAGCCAUCUUCGAUAUCGAUGCCAUUACGAGGCCAGAGGACAAGGAUUAUACAUUCUCUAGAGAGGGAUGGCAGUGUGACGAAGCCAACUCAAAACGUGGUGCAGCAUGGCAAGGUCGCUUGUACCAGCACAACCAGGAGGGCAUCGACAACGUGUUGGCAUCACAGAAGGAUUUCGAUUGGACGAGCAAGCAAAUCACCUACGGCCUCUAUCUAUCCGAUCACAGCAUCCUCAACGAUGUCGAGACCGAGCUCACCGUACUCAGCGGCAUCAUGAUACAAAAUCUGCCGAGAGAAACAGCCUGGCAUUUGCGCGGGACAAGGCGCAUCGGCGUCUGUAAGGAGGACGUGGAGACAGUCCAGCAAUGUCAAGAUCAAGACGGCAUCACAACAGCAACACUGUCUCCAUCGCUCAGGAAAUGGGCAGACCUUCCCGAGGAGCUGAAAAUUUAUGUCUUAUGCUUUAUCGUUGGUGACAUUCCUGAAAGCCCCGUGCCAGACAGUAACUAUACAGUCAUCUUCCGCAAACAUAUGGAACCUAUCUAUGAGGUGCGGAACAAGGAACUGUACCGGCUGGCCCGGACCGCAUACUACAACAACAAUGUCUUCGAAAUCUGUAUCGAGGAGAAACCGUCUCCUUCGUCCCAACGAGUCACCUUUCGUUACCCUCCUGCAGAAAUAGCAAGCAUCAUUCGGCACUUACGCGUUACCGUUAAGACUUACACCAUGGAUGUUUCACGACUGGAACAUAUACUACUGUGCAAUUCGCAACCUUUGGCCUUUAUGCUGCAGGCAACAAGGCCCGUAUUACAAUCGAACGAACUAGGCCUGCCUUUACCAAUCGUGAGAUCGAGAUGGCUCAUGACGGCACCCCACGACAAUGCCUGGCAAACUGGAUUCACGAACCUGCAUACUCUGAAGCUCAGCUUCCACUUCUUUGAUGAUGACAAUCUCACAGAAGGCGAUGAAGACUGUUGUAUGUCGCCUGAAUUGAUAGAGGAAACGAGAGCGUGCUUAGCUGACACAAAGACGUUGUUCAAGGCAAAGGAGGUGGAACUUGACCUGACGCUGGAAUGCCACAAUAGCAUUGCGCGUAACAUACCCUCCGGCGGCACUCGCGUCGGCUUCGACGCCCUUCCCGAUGAGCUCAAGGUCCAAAUCCUCACGUACGCCCUCAGCACCAACAAGUUCAUCAUGGCAAGGAACCACAAGGCCAUCGAGGAAGGUUUGAACCUACCAACUUUGCUACUCGUCAACAAGCGCAUGCAUGCCCUUGCCGCACAAGUGUACUACAGUGGCAACACCUUUGUCGUUCGGCGCUCUGGCGUGUCUUGGGGGCACGUUACCCCGGGCGCUGACGACAAGUGGCGUUUCCCUCCGUUUGUGUUCGGUAGUCACGUUCGCAAACUGGUGAUACAGCUGGAGUUGUACCGUCGCAUUGACAACGCGACACAGUGCCUGGAGCCGUCGUUUGAGAACGAUUGGCUGGUGCUUCUCCGUCCCCGUUCUGUCCACAAAGCUGCUACUCCCAACGCGCCACAGCAGGCAGGAGGGCAGGAUUGGCAGACUCGAUUCCCCAAGCUCACCGAAUUGACGGUGCGACUGAGCACUUCUCUGCACUUGCAUUUACAAAUCAACAGUGACAGCGAUGAGUACCGACGAGCACUACUUGAUCUGCCAAACAAAGCAACUGUUGUGCUGCAGCCAAAGUUUUUGAAGCUCGAGAAUGAAUCAAGCGCGGAGAUCAGGUCCAGUGACCCGAUGCAUGGCGCCAUUCACAAGAUGGUCAAGCUCAGAAUUUAA